GUCAAAUUAGAUUUACAAAAAGGGACAUGUAAGUUUUUGUUCGCGGUCUCUACAUUUUAUUAAAUGACGAAUAUUGGAGGUACACAGAAUGUUAUGGAAAGAAAGCCCGCCAGAAAUUUUAUUAAAGAAAACAUUCACAGUAUACGACAAUUACAAGGAAUUAUGAAAGUGCAGGGAGAAUCGAUGAGCAGACGUGAUAAAUUUCGAAAUGCUCCGUUAUGGGUUCCAAGAAGAGAAGCUGCCAAGAAAAUGGCAACGCAAAAUGAAGAAGUUGUAAAAUCAAACGAGGUUAGUAAAAGUAAGCAAAAAUUAGAAUAUAGUCUUAAAGCAAAAUCAGAUAUCAAAAGAUGCGAAAAGAAAAGAGAUGUACCUCCAGAAAGUCUGUUUAAGUUUUCUCAUCGAUCUGUGCAAACAGAAAAUACGGAUGAUCCUUCUGUAUUGUACGAGACAGGAGUCAUUAGAUACUCAAGUUUAAAACCAUCCAAUUCCAAAGUAGAUAAAUCUCUUGCGGAAGGAGAUUUCCGAGAUACUGAAGAUAGUAAAGGAAGGGAUUAUAUCAAAGAAAAUAUAUUAAACCUAAAACCUAAACCAACUCGUCAAGUUAGUCAAAAAGUACCAGCUGAUGUACCACCAACGUACCAACAAGGCCAACUGCCAAAAUAUCUUCAAGUAAAAAAAGAAAAAGAAAAGGAAGAGGAUGACACAUGCCCCACAGGACACGUUCUACUUCCCGAUUCAGAACGAAAAGAAACAUUAAAAGUUCUGCGAGAAAGUUAUGCAGACCGUGUUCAAGAAUUAAAUUCUUUGCCAGUAAGAAGUGAUACUUUAAGGGUCAAGAAGAGAAAGCAGCAAAUUGAGGAGGAACUUAGAAAAUUGGAUAGCGGUAUAAAAGUCUUUCAACGGCCAAAAGUAUACGUUAAAAUUAAUAUGUAAUUUUCAAAAUGUAUCGUAAAAUGUGGUGCUUAACAUGGUUAUUUUUAUUACCUA